AUGGAGAAAAUUUCUGACCAAGAAUCCCAGUAAUAGCUAAACUCAGAUUAAGAGACAUAAAUUAAUAGUUAAUUAGAUAAUCAAGAUGCUCAAUCAGUAGAUUCUGAUCUGCCUUAUGUAACUGAUAGAUCCUAGAUCAAAUCAGACUUAAAACCUGUAUGCCCUUAAAAGAAAUCUUAUAAAGUUUAAUUGAAACAUGGGGAAACCUAUUUUUAUUGCACCUGCGGCCUUUCGAAAACACAGCCAUUCUGUGAUGGAUCUCAUGUGUAGAUGCCUGGAUAUAAGCCUUUAAAGUUUACAUAUGAGGGAGAAGACAAAAUUAAGGGACUUUGCGGUUGUAAAUACAAUAAAAUUGAGAAAGGUCCAUUUUGUGAUGGUCAACAUAAAAAAUUAGAUUGGUGA